AUGGCGAAAAACGAUCUACUUCACCUGAUUGUGUCAUUUCCGGCUCUUGUUAUAAACAUCAUUGCGCUGGCUGUGUUAAUGCGGAGCAGGAAACUUCCCUUCCAGAUCCGGAUCCUCGCCCUAAAUCUCUGCCUAGCGGACUGUGGCUCCUGUCUCACCCUGUGUAUUGACAGAAGAGUGUUCGAAUUAAUUUUUGGAACAAAUCGCGUUAAAUAUUUUUUCCUUGUCUUGUUUGGUCAGUCUUCACUGGUCUUUAUAACCUUGUUUAACGUUGAUCGCUUCUUGGCUAUAAAGUUUGCCAUGCAGUACUACAGCUAUCUCUCUCCAACCAAAGUCAAGUCUGCGUGCAUUUUGUCGUGGGUCUUUGGUCCUCUGAUAACUAGCUUUCAGUUUUGUACUCUCGUAUGGUCUGAUUUCUGUAGUUCCCUUAACUACACCUUGUGCACCAGAAUUUCUCAGUACGGGUAUUUUGCCAUUUAUACCUCUAACUUCAUCUUGUUUGGUUACAUUAUCUAUGGGAUUAAGAGAAAAGUAUGCAAAAUCCAGCCCAUGGACCAAGCCGACCACAAGAAAGACUUAACCUCUCAGGCAACAGGUCAGAAAACUUUUAGAAAGAUUGCGGUAAUAACUGGAUCCUUUCUAGGACUUUACGCCCCAGGCAUGACUUGGACGUUGAUAAAGCCUUAUGUAUCCAAUCUAAAAAUAGCUAACUAUAUGAACAUGAGUACCGGGAUUCUUUUUACAGUGUCUACAAUUCUGGAUCCGAUUUUUUACGUGCUGCGUUUUUCGGAGUGUCGUUUUCAGCUUUUCUUAUUACGGUACAUGUGUGACGCCUCUAAAUAUGAGGAAACUAUGAUGGACAGGAACCAGCAUUACGCUCCGUUUACCAUUGUUAAUCCCACAAUGCAAGAACUAAGACAUAAUAAAACAAGAGACUGCGUGACUCCAUGA